AUGAACGGCGCAAGAUUAUCGAGCAGUCCUCGAUGCACGAGGUGGGAGCAGCCAUCACCAUCAAGCCCAACGCCUCGCGGGUGCUGCAAUCAUUGGAUUUUUGUCCCGGAACGGUCGGGCAUGGUCGCCAUACGCAAGACCAGCCUGAUCGACGGAACGAACAUGGAAGUCUUGGUCCCUAACUACUACAAGGACUGCGAGUACAACUGGGGCAUUUCCAUGCACGCCGUCCACAGGGUCGACCUCCACACCCAGCUGAGGCAGGUUGCCACGGAGAAGGAGGGCCCCGGGCGUCCCUGCGACGUCCAAGUGCGGUCGAAAGUUGUUGAAUAUGACGCCGAGAAUGGAAAGGUCACGACCGAGAGUGGUGAAGUCCUGCAGGCUGAGCUCAUUGUUGCCGCGGAUGGAGUGCACUCGACAGCCGUGAAGCACGUCCUGGGCGACGAGGUUGUCCAGGUCGGGGACACGGGCUGGGCGUGCAUGCGGUGGCUGGUGCCGACAGAGGAUUUGAUCUCGGAUUCGGAGACCGCACACAUGAUCCACAACUCGGCCACGAGGUAUUUCACAGCGGCCGGAGGAGCUGCUGGUUUGGUGUGGUAUCCGUGCCGAAAGUGCGUCUUCUUCGCCCUUUACAACCGAUUGUCUAGCACCCUGCUGACUGGUACUUUUCUCACUCCUAGUGACGAGGUGCAGAACUUUCUGUAUCUCUCACAUUUCCGAGCGAUAGUGGAGCCAAGCAUGCCGCUCGAACAUGCCAAGAAGCACUUUGCCCCGGCUCUGCACCCUGUGAUCAAAAAAGGGGGGAAACUGGUUGCGAGGGGUCCAAUUCCAAAGUGGCACAAGGAACGACUCGUCCUGGUCGGCGACGCUGCCCAUCCCAUGCUGACCUUCCAGGGCCAAGGAGGCGGGCAAGCGAUCGAGGAUGGCGCUGCCCUCGGUAUCCUGCUUGACCAGCUCGAGGACAGAGGCGCUAUGGAGAGCCGGCUACAGCUGUUCGAGAAGGUCAGGCGCAAUAGGGGGUCGGCGCUGCAGAUUCUUUCCAACGUCAACCCUCCUGUACCGCAGAGCGUUCGUGACAUUGCGGCGGAGUAUCUUCCUGGUAAAAGGCUCGACUCUGCCGACGAUGUCAACGAGUACAUGUUUUCGUUUGAUGUGAUUGCGGAGUCAAAGGAUAUGUAUCUGAGGACAUUUGACAUUGGCCGACAAUGA